AUGCCAGAACAUAUUCAUUGUCCUGUUAUGAGUGUUAUGCGCCAGCAAGAGAUCAUGUAUAUGUCCUGUAAAUUAUGCUAUGGAAAAUUAGUUUCUCCCACAAGAGAAAAGGGAUUAGAGCAACACAAGUAUAAUAAACAAGACGCGAAAAAUUACAAGCAUAAAGGGAAUGCGCGUAUAUACGUAGAUAAGGGAUUAUUCACGUGUACCCGCUGUUGUGUUGCUUAUGAAGCUUCGGAUAUAUUACACCGAUAUCGACUUUGCAUAGUAAUUCCAGUUAAUAAUUAUUUGCAAAAAGUAACUAUCUUUGGAGAUAGCUUUGACAGUAUUUUUGGCUGUAGUGCGACAAAGUUUCAAGAAUUUAAAGAACAAUUAUUAUUGGAUUUGGAUCCAAGAGAGCUUAAUUUUCUUAUAUUUAGCGCUUUAGAGUGGAUACUUGCUGGGGAAAUUUAUACGUUCACAUUUUCUCAUGAACAAUGGCAUUUAUUUAAAAAAAGCCAAGUUCAAAGCAACUCUGAUAAAAAUAACACUUCGAUUGUUGCUUCGCAGAGUCAAAAAAUUGAUGAGCGAUUAUUUGAAAGAUUAGAUAAUGAAUUGAAAGAGGUUAUAGUGGACAACACUUAUGGAUUGACGCACGAAGAACUUUACAGUGACGGCAGUAAAGGAUUGUCUCACACGAAAUUCAUUCAUGAACUUGAUCAUGAUGUGUCAGAUAUAUUGUUUGUUGAAUUAAGCGAUCAUUUUGAUCUAGAUUUAUUCCGUAGCCAAACGUACUUUCAAGACAGUGGGGUGUUAACCGAAUUUUACUCACAGGACUGGAGUGAUCAAGAAAACUUAGACGAUAUGCUGAACUGGGAUCCCCCGGAAAAUUGUAAUUUUUCCCAUGAUAAUUUAAUUCGUGUCUCGUUCAACAGCACACCAUCUAGUCUUUCACCGUAUUCCUUCAACGUUUACAACUCGCCGUUUGAUAAAUCGAGCAAUCAUUCCUUUGAUAAGCAUGGUGAUAUCGUUACAGAAAAUAGCUUCGAUGACUAA